AUGUCUACUCCCGACCCACCUACAUGGGCCCCACCCAAUGACGUAGAAGAAUUCAAGCGGCAGUAUGAGGUCGACGCUACCGAAUUAUUUAAAAACAUCGCCGUCCUUGUCCAACGCAUCCGCCUCCAGAGGGAUACCCUUAGCACACAAUUCGCCGUCACCAAUGAAACCAUUGACAACCUUGAGGAGCAGGUAACCCUGCUCAACCUCGGCCUCAAUGUCGCUCGUGCCGCCCCAGCCCCUACCAUCGCUGUCCCUGUUGCCGCUGCUCCCCCACCCACUACUGUCCCCACCUUCAGGUCCGAAAAGUUCUCAGACUCUGAAAAAUUUGAUGGCACCCUCAACCACGAUCGGUUUCGAAACGUGGCAGCAAAAGUCAUUUAUGCCGUCAGCCGCUUGGAAGGGAGGGCCCUUGACCAGGUCGUUCCACUCGUAAACGCUAACCCUGCUGCCCCCUUUGCCUCCGUCACCAGCUUCAUUGCCCACCUGGAAGCCUCGUUUGGGGACCCAGAUCACCGGGGUACCACCCGUCGCCAACUCGUCACCCUGAAGCAAGGCAAAGGGGACUUCGCCAUCUACUACUCACAGUUCCUCUGUAUUGUGGCCUACCUAGAUUACAAUGAAGGAGCUGAGAUCGACGCCCUGGCCGAAGGACUGUCGGAACAUCUGAAGAAUGCCAUUAGAUACCGGACAGAUAGGCCUAACACUGUAGAGGCAUACGCGACCAUGUUCGGGGCCGUAAAGCUGAACAAUGGGCCAUCCGUAAUACGAUGGGAUAAUUCACCACCCCCGCCGCUGUCGCACACCCAUCUCAUACUGCCGGAUGCCUCGCCACAAUGGACCUCUUCGACCUUCAAGCCCAUCCCACUCAACACCCUGCCGCCGAACAACGAUACACCUUUGUCAACGGACAACGCAAAACCUCUGCCGCUGAAAAAUAAUGACGGAGUGACAACAAUCUCUCCCUACCUCUUCCAAGUCGGGUUUUCAGUAGUCCCGGGCUUGAUCAAUGGCCCCUGCCUGGGACCUUCCAAUGUUUCUCCUUUAUCUCCGUUCUCUAUCUGUGGCUUCUCAGUAUCGUCUGUGGAGGAUAAAUUGGAUGGGGAUCAUUUUGUUGCUUCGUGUAAAAUUGUAAACAAUAAAAUAUCCAUUCAAACCUACGCAUUAAUUGCUACCGGUUGCUCCGGGUUCGAAUUCAUUGAUGAAACAUUCGCGCGCUAUAACAAACUCCCAUUUCUGCCCCUUAAAUCACCCCGUACUCUUGAAGUCAUCGACGGACGGCCCAUAUCCUCCGGACAGAUUACCCACCUCUGCUACCUACCGCUAUCAAUUGACUCCCACCAUGAAACUAUCCCCUUCUUCGUCACCAAACUCGUCUCAUAUCCACUCGUACUCGGAAUUCCUUGGCUUCAAUUACACGACGCUACAUUACGGUUUAAGGACAAUAGCAUACUGUUCGACUCCGAAUACUACAAGCGCAAGUGCAACUCCUCCACAAUACCCGUUCCCAUUAGAGGGAUUGCACCACCACCCCGUUUCCACCUCGUCAGUUCAGCUGCUCUCUGCCACUUCACUCGAAGGGACAAGCUCCAGAUCUUCAGCACAACUAUCAAAGAAAUCGACCAAGCUAUGAGUGAGGCCCCUAAAGGAGAUUGGAGGAACGGAGUCCCAAUCCAGUACAAGAAGUUCCACGAGAUGAUGGACGAGAAUUUCGCUAACAAAAUGCCGCCUCGCCACCCCUAUGAUCAUAAGAUACCGCUUAAGGAAGGUAAAGAGCCCCCGUUUGGGCCACUUUAUGGUAUGUCCCGUGAAGAACUUAUCGUACUUAAGCAGUACAUCCAGAACAACCUUAAAAAGGGCUUUAUUCAGGCCAGCUCUUCCCCCGCCGGCGCUCCUGUCCUAUUUGUUAAAAAGGUUGAUGGAACACUCCAUCUCUGUGUCGAUUACCGUGGCCUCAAUGAACUCACCAUCAAAAACCGCUACCCGCUCUCAAGGGCGUGA